UGUCGACGUGGGAAGGAAGGGAGGGAUUCGGACACAAACAAAUGUCCACGGGUUCACUGCUGGAGCCUCGUUACAGACAACCGUAACAUGCCAGCUGGAUUUAACAGAUAACUCUGUGACAUUUGAAACAUGUGGCUCAAACCUGAAGAGAUUCUGCUGAAAAACGCGUUCAAACUGUGGGUCACCGAGAAGGAUAAUGAGUAUUUCGUACUGCAAAGGAGGCGAGGGUACGGAGAAGGUGGUGGCGGUUUGACAGGCCUCCUUGUGGGAACUCUGGAUACCGUGCUGGACUCCACAUCCAAAGUUGCUCCCUUCCGUAUUCUGCACCACACACCAGACUCGCAAGUGUACUGGUCGAUAGCAUGUGGCGUUACCAAGGAGGAGAUUGUUCAGCACUGGGAUUGGCUCCAGCAGAACAUCAUGAGAACACUGUCUGUUUUUGACUCCAGCGAAGACAUCACCAGCUUUGUGCAGGGCAAGAUUAGAGGUCUUAUUGCUGAGGAAGGGAAGACAUCACUGGUGCUGGAGGAGGAUCCUGAGAAGUUCAGAGAAGCACUCUUGAGGUUUGAGAAGUGGUUUGAGCUGCCACCGGAGGAAAAGUUGGUCACAUAUUACUCAUGCAGCUACUGGAAAGGAAAAGUGCCUUGCCAGGGCUGGCUCUACCUCAGCACCAACUUCCUGUGCUUUUAUUCAUACCUUCUGGGAUCUGAGGUGAAACUGGUCAUCUCCUGGGAUGAGAUCUGGAGGCUGGAGAAAACCUCGAAUGUUAUUCUGACUGAGAGCAUCCACGUUUUGGCUCAUGGAGAGGAUCAUUACUUCUCCAUGCUGCUGCACCUUAAUGAAACAUUUGUUAUCAUGGAGCAGCUGGCUGACUACUCCAUCAAGCGUCUUUUCGAUAAAGAGGCUUUUCAGAGGGAGCCAGCGCUCUCCGACCCCCUACAAAUUACUAAGAGAGGCCUGGAAACUCAUGCAAAGAGUGAGCAGUUCCGGACAUUUUUCAGGCUUCCUAAAGAGGAAAACCUGCUAGAGGUGCAUGAGAGCUUCCUGUGGGUGCCCUUCAGCCACUUUAACACUCUUGGAAAGAUCUGCCUGUCUGAAAACUACCUGUGUUUUGCCAGCCAGGACGGAAGCCAAUGCCAUGUCAUCAUUCCAAUGCGAGAGGUUGUUAAUGUAGAGAAGCCAGAUUCCAGCAGCAGAGCUUUAACCGUGUGUGUGCGUGGCAGGAGGGCGUUGCGUUUCUCUGAGGUUCGGGAUUACCAGCGCCUUGCAAACACAAUCCGUAGCAGGUGUGGGAUCAGUGCCAGCCCACAGCACUCUGCUUCAUCAGAGACCAUACGAGGGGAAUGUCAGUCACUCAUAAACCACUUCGAGGACAAUCCAGAGGACGUGACUCUAAUGGUGGGACAGAAAGACAGCAGCAAGGCCGUGAGCACUGAGGCUCUCAUGACUGUUUUCCACCCCCAGGAUGUGGAAAACCUUGAUCCCAAAAUGCUUAAAGAGAAGAUGAAGGAGCAGUCUUGGAACAUCCAUUUCUCUGAAUAUGGACGCGGUACCAGUAUGUUCUUCACCAGAAAGACCCGGGACUUGAUUGUCCGUGGUGUUCCUGAAGCCCUCAGGGGAGAGCUGUGGAUGCUUUUUUCAGGAGCUGUAAACGACAUGGCCACUCACCCCGGCUAUUACACUGAGCUGGUUGAGCAGUCUCUGGGCACAAGCACUCUAGCUACAGAUGAGAUCGAAAGAGACUUGCACCGCUCUCUGCCUGAACACCCUGCCUUUCAGAGUGACACAGGAAUCUCAGCCCUACGCAGGGUUCUUACUGCCUACGCCUCCAGGAACCCUAAGAUUGGAUACUGCCAGGCCAUGAACAUUCUCACCUCAGUUCUUCUGCUCUAUGCAAAAGAAGAGGAAGCUUUCUGGCUGUUGGUAGCCGUCUGUGAAAGGAUGCUGCCGGAUUACUUUAACCGCCGAAUUAUUGGUGCUUUGGUGGACCAGGCUGUGUUUGAGGAUCUGAUUCGAGAAAACCUGCCCCAGCUGGUGGAGCACAUGACAGACCUGAGUUUCUUCUCGUCCGUGUCCCUGUCCUGGUUUCUCACACUAUUCAUCAGUGUCCUGCCCAUAGAGAGCGCUGUGAACGUGGUGGACUGUUUCUUCUACGACGGCAUAAAAGCCAUCCUGCAGCUCGGCCUGGCCGUGCUGGACUACAACAUGGAGGCUCUGAUCACCUGCCAUGAUGAUGCAGAGGCCGUCACCAUCCUCAAUAAGUUCUUUGAUAGUGUGACAAACAAAGACAGCCCUUUGCCUCCCACAGUGCAGCAGGCUUCAGCUGGCAAUAAUGAUAAAGCUUCCCACAUCAGUGUAGACAUCACUGAACUGAUCCGAGAGGCCUACGAGAAAUAUGGAAAUAUCCGUUCAGAGGAGGUUGAGAGUUCACGCAAAAGAAACAAACUGCAUGUGAUCCAGACUCUGGAGGAUACAACCAAGCAAAAUGUUAUCCGAGUGGUGUCCCAGGAAGUCAAAUUCAAUGCCUCGCACCUUGAUGAGCUGUAUAAUUUAUUUAAAAGGCAGCAUUUCCUCAGCUGCUACUGGACAAUGAAAAGUCCAGCUCUGCUCCACCAUGACCCCAGUCUGGCCUAUUUGGAGCAAUACCAGCUAGGUUUCCAGCAGUUCAGCAUGCUCUUCUCCCUGCUGGAGCCCUGGGCUUUUUGCUCCACCAAGAGCACCCUCUCCCUCUGGGCCUUCCGCCUGAUAGACGAGAACCAGGAUGGCCUCGUCAACUUCAAAGAGUUCUGCUGUGCCCUUGAUACUUUGUACAGUGGAUCUUUCACAAAUAAGCUGAAAUUUCUCUUCAAGCUCCACCUGCCACCAGCUUUCACAGGCAGUCCUUUGCACUUAAAGGAGCAAAGAAUCCAGCACUUUAUUCCAGUGACUGAAGACUCUUCUCACUUGAGUAGACUCACUGCAUUUGAUCUUCCAGAAGAUGGCGUGAUAAAGAAAAGCCCCGAGCGAGGCAGAGGAAAGGUUGACCUGCAGGCCUACCUGAAGCAAUGGCAAAAUGAAAUACUCAAGAAAGAGGAGACCAUCAAGGACCUGCCCAGAAUCAAUCAGACUCAAUUCAUCCAGUUCUCCAAAACCCUCUACAACAUUUUUCACGGUGAUCCAGAGGAGGAGACACUGUACCGAGCCGUGGCCCACGUGACCAGUCUCCUACUGAGGAUGGAAGAGGUGGGACGGAGGCUUCAGGAGCCGAGCAGCCCACCUGAGUCUAAAAAGCCUGCCAGCGUCACUGCUGCGGAGGAGCCUCCGACUGAAGAGGUCUCCACCACCCCCGAGAGCUCAGACACCUCCAGCUCCCACAACAGUCAGGAUGCAGGGCCCGACCUCUCGGAGACGGAGUGGUCGUUUUCGUUCGAGCAGGUCCUAGCGUCUCUGCUCAACGAGCCAGUCAUAGUCAACUUCUUUGAGCGGCCUGUCGAUGUUCAGGCGAAACUCGGACAAGCUAGGGUUGCCCAGCUGAAGCUAAAGGCAAAUAAGUGAAAGGAUGCACAAGUGAAUCGUCGCUUCAGAUUUACACCUAGGGGUCGCCAUACAUUUCCUUUCUCCUCCUGGGCAGGGCAGUGGAUUUUGGCGAGGCAGAGGGUGAGACAUCAUGGACGAAGAGGAGACAUCAGAGAGUCAGGCAGACAACGAUCAGCAGUGAUGGCUGAGGAAACGUAUGAAAUGCAGCAUCUCUAAGACACUGUUAACACCGUUCUGACCAAAACCUGCAGAGCAUUUUCAUGUCUAGUCUUGUUGCACACACAUUGUAGCUUCCUCAAAUCUGAUUAUGCAUUUCCGAUUUUGUCGAUGAAAUUGUUCCCCUCGUGUAGCUGCAGUUUGUUCAGAUUUAAAGUUACAGUUAAAACUACGUAGGUUAGUGUUGUAUCAGGCACUUUCACUACUCGUUCUGUAUUCAGAAACAGAAGAAUUUCUCAUCCCUCUGUCUCUGAUGUCAGGUUGAGAUCCAGUUCUUGAUAUAUAUAUUCUCAUUCAGAUUAAUAGUCACUGCUGUAAAGUGAAGUUUACUGUAAAUGAUAGUAUAGCCUGUGACUUCAGUGUCUUAGGGUGUGUGUUAUCCUCUAAACUUAUUGUGAGAAACACCAGCUUUCCAGUUAAUGCAGGCACAGAGCCAACAGGAGUUCGGUCAGUGAAGGACCAGGUGAAGUGUUGUCCCCGGAAGCCAUAAAUUUCAGAGACUAUCUGAGUGAAGAUGUCAGACAAAUUUUAUUGGGAGUAGUAAUACACAUUUGCAAUAACAUACAAUGGACGUGCUGCACUGCCACAGCACUCUCACCUGUCUCUUCUUAUAGCAGCACACAUGUCAACCAUCAUAUAGCAUGACUUCAUGUGUGUCAUACUUGAAAUAUGUAAUAUGUAAAGGUAGAAAUCCACACUGCUGCUGCAGGUGAAUCUCCUGCAUCCUCUGAAACUGUCUAAAAAUUGUGUGUUAUCUUCACACCGUGGCUGGUUUCUGUAUUAGCUUACGUCUAUAUGUUGGAAGUUAUGCUCUAGUGUCAGUGCAGCGUUUUGUACAUAAAGGUCAGUUCAAUAGUCGUGUGAUUAUUGUAUUUAUGAGGCUUAUAUUGAAAAUGUUGUAUAUGAGCUAGCAGACUGUUGUGGACAGCUGAAACCUUUUAGUUUUAUCAAAUCUCAGGGUGACAUUUGUGUAAAAUGAAAGGGAGAAAAGGGAUAUUUUUCAACCUGGGAUAUAUAAAGUAAAUGAGUUAUACAAAACCUACAUCUUAUCACUAACAUUAAAAUUAUAAAGCAUGUGUAGCAUAGUUACAGGACUUGUCAUUUUAUGCCAGCCUUCGAUUAACAGCCGCUUGCUACAGAAAGUCAGAUUUUACUUCAGUUUUUCUAUUUGUUUAAAUGAUUUAAAUGUUUCUGCUUCUUUACUUUCCUCUUGCCUCUGUCCUUGCUGAAUCAUUUGCACAGUUGUAGAUACGCCUUUAUCUCGGCCAGAUCUCAGAGGCGUUGGAUUCAAAAAAAAGGUCGUGACCACUCCUGCUGCAGCUUAUCGUCUCCGGGGGCCAAAAAUCAUACAUUUCUAAAUCUUUAGUGCUUUAGAUGCUUCUUAAGUGCAACUGAAAUUCAGUUUUUAUUACUUUGCUAUUUACUAGGAAUGCAAAAAGCUUUUUUUUAAUUUUUAUCAAGUACUUUGUCAGAACUGUAUUUAAUUGUGUAAUUACUGGGUCAGUUUGAUGUAUGUUGUUGGAGUACCUUGUUCAAAAUCGUAGACCUGAAACAAAAUCUGUCUCUGUUUACAUGACUAAUGUAAAAAAAUAAUAGUUUCACAUCUUAAAUCCAAAGCCUAAUCAGUGACUUUGCCUCAGCAUUAAACACCAUGAUAUAAAAGUACUAAGGCACCCGGGCUUCAACAAGAAAGCAUCUUUGUUUUCAUGAUUUCUAACUCACACCUGACCAUUUCACUACAACUAUUUCCAGUUUCUUGUCACGUUUGUAAAAUCUACAAACAUCUAAAUGCGAAUGACAAGUUGUUAUCGCAUGCUUAUUUAAUUUCUGAUUAUUUGAUAGUUAAUGAAGAUCAGCGAUCACAUAAGAAGAGUUUUCUUUUAAAAAUGUGUUUGUUUGUCUUUCUGUGACAAAUACACAGCUGUAAUUAAGAUGAACGUGUUUGUGUGUCUUCAGGCUCAGCGUCUUGGAAGAGGCACUUGAUGAAAAUGAUAGGUUGUGGUUUCUUCUUGCUGGGAUAAUAAAUGAUGACUUUGUAGAAAGUGAGGAAGAGAAAUAAGAUAGUUGGAAAUCUUCCCCUCACUCCGGCAUGUCUGCAGUUCUGCCAGUUAAGCAUCAGAGGUCGUUUGUGGUCAACUAGAGCAUUUGAAGUCUGUAUCUUUUAAUUGAAUGCUUAUUUUGCAAAAUAUGUGGCGGACAGAUAUUUCUGUUUACUUGCUUGAUUAUAUAUAUUUUUAUUUCCAUAAAAAUGUACAAGAAUAAAGAGAUAUGACUAUGA